AUGUCACAACCGGAGAUGAUUCUGCCUCCGGAGAUUGAUCGAAUCAGCGCCUUACCUGACGAGAUGCUAAUACACAUCCUCUCUUUUCUUCCAACCAAGUCCGCAUUCACCACCACCGUUCUUUCCAAACGCUGGAAGCCACUCUUCCACUGGCUCACCGCCUUCUACUUCGACGACGAGCGCGUAAGAGGCAAAGAGGCCCGCCGGAGCUUCAGUCACUUCGUGGACAAAGUUCUGCUCUCCCCGCAUGUCCAGCACCAUCCUGUCAAAACAUUUUGCCUCAUGUGUGGGUGCCCUGGGUGCAAAGUGGACGAGUGGAUCCAAGCCAUGAUACGACGUGGUGUCGAGAACCUUGACCUGACCGCCUCGCCAUAUACGCUUCUCUUGUGGUCCAGCAUUUUCACCUCACAAACGCUCGUCGUUUUGAAGCUGAAUGGGUUUUACAUGGAACUUGGUGAUUUUGAGUCGAUUGAUGUUCCCUCGCUCAAAACUCUUCAUUUGACAAAUACUUAUUUUAUAAAAAGGAAGGAUUUCAAGAAACUUCUUUCUGUGUGUCCCAACCUCGUGGAUUUGUAUGCUCCAGUUGGGUUUUUAAAUGAUCGCUACAAUGAAAAUACAGGGUAUAAAAACUUGACCAAGUUGGAGAAAGCAUGUAUCUAUGCAUUCGAUGUUCCUUUCAGCACAGUUUAUAAUGUCGAGUUUCUGCGGAUAGAGAUGAUGGAGCGUAGGUGCAGUGACAAAUACAUGGACUCCUACUACAGAGAAAUGCCAGUGUUUCACAACUUAAUCAGCAUUGAGCUAUGUUGGGGUUGCUUUUCUGGAUGGGCUGGGGUAGUGGAAGUGCUCUCUUAUUGUCCCAAGCUUCAAACUCUUGCCAUUGAAAAGCAUAGGCACGAUCAAAUUUACAAUGACAAAUGGGAAAAACCUGUUCCAGAAUGUGUUUCAUUACAUCUUACAACAUGCUCUAUUGGAAACUAUCAAAUUCAUGGUACGUAUGGUGUUGAUGAUUUUAAAUUUGCAGCAUAUAUCAUGCAAAAUGCAAAGCUUUUACAAGUGAUGACCCUUCACAUUGACCAUGAUUCGGAGGAAUCUGAGAAGGACCGAUUCCUCAAACAUUUAUCCGUCCGCCCAAGAAUCUCUCCAGCAUGUAAAAUUGAAUGCAAGUAUAGAUCCUAA